AUGAAUGAGCUCACGCGAAUAUCCAACACCCCAUCCCACGGCUUUCCUAUCCACUGGCGCGCCAUGCUGUCCUGCUUCGGCAUUGGCCGGUCGCGCGAGGAUCGCGAACGCGAGCCUCUGCUGCCACGCUACAAUGACGACACGGCUCUCCAGCAGCGACUACACGAGAAGCUGCACACGUAUCAGAUGCUAAGAGCGCUCGGAAAGGGAUAUAUGCCGUCCAACGAGCAGCUCAUCAUCAAUCUGCGUACCCUCUUAUCGGCCGACGUCCUUAACCCCGACACGCCAGACCUCAGCGACUCGGGAAGGGCACUUGUGCUGAACGUCAAGCUUUUGAUCAAGCAGCUGAUCGAGCUCCUUAUCCACAAGAACGACCAGGACCAAAUCCAGGAUUUUAUCUGGUAUCUUACCAAAGCCCGACUCUCCAUCGAUACCUACGACAUUGGUGCACGAGCAUCCAAGGCCAAGGCUAAAGCCGAUACCUUCGCUGCCUUCACCUUGUCCGACGUUUCUAAGCAGGCUGCCAAGAAAAUCGAGCCUUCCAAAGAGGACGAAGAAAACAUCCGAAAUCCGAACGGGGACUCCAAACCUCCCCCUUCCAAGGACGACAUCAAAGAUGAGGUCGUCGAGGUGUCCCAGGUUGUCACCGAGGGCGUCGCCCGUGUCGCUGACGAGGCCGGCCAGAGCCUGGCCGAGCACAUCACGGGCGAAGAACAGGAGACUCUUGUGCACCGAUUGAAGAAGACGAUUCUCAAUCUGCGUGAGAGAAAAGACUACUCCGACUCGGUAUCGACGCUGUCCCUCCUUAUCAGGAGGUAUUUGCUAGUCUAUUCGCACGCCAUCUCGGAUACCGUCCAGGUCGCUCAGGAUGACAUCGAAACGAAUCCCGAGGCUGAUCGAGCCCUCAAGAACUUCUGGCUGUUCUUGACCUCACUUGGAGAUCGCAAACACUGGGACGAAGUAGAGCGCUUAUUCAAGGUCGUCAUGGAGCAUGGCCGUAGCGACCCUGAAUUCGACGAGCUCGUCAGGCAGAUUGGCAACUUGCUCCAAGACAUGUUAACUGAUCCCGACUUCUUCGAUCAUGCCGAAGAUCGCUUCAAAGAGCUGAGAGAAAAGUCGAAAGAGCUUACAUCAGAGUCAUCGGUUCGCGACGAUCUGGAUGCAUUGUUGGACAAGAUGCAUCUAGCACUGCGCUCGGUACUUGACGACACCGACAUCAAGAAAGUUCUCAACACCACGAGAAGAAUUCUCAGAAUUCUGUCGCCGGCACACCAGUACACGAAUGGGGAGUUGGUUGCGGACUCUGUCAACGUUUUCAUCCCCAUGCUUGUGCAGGCUAUACAGUAUCUCCCGAUUCCUCGUCUGGAGGUUUCAGCACCCGCAAUCGAUCUCCUUCUGGAGAACCUCAUCCUGGAACCAGGACGCACCAUCAACAACAGCUCUUUCCUCCCCUUCAAGAUCAACAUCUCGACUCAGAAUGACGUUGAAAUCCGCAAAGCCCGUUUUCGCACGACUUCCUCCGUGAAAACGCUGAUGCGAAUCACGGUAUCCGGCUUGUCCAUCGCAGCGGAAGACCUCGGCUUUUGGCUGCGCCUGCAUUCGGGUAUCCUCAGACUAGCCGACGCUGGCAUCGCUGGAUUCCACCUUGAUGAGCGCGGUAUUGACGUUGCGAUUGAUGUGGAGGUCGGUAAGGAGAGACUCGAGAACAUAUUGACUCUUCACAAUGUCCGCGUUCGCAUCCACCAUCUGGAUUACACUCUCCGAAAGAGCAAGUUCGCCUGCCUCGCUUGGGUGCUGAAGCCGUUUAUACGACCCAUUGUCAAGGCGGCAUUGGAAGCCCAAAUUGCAGCUAGUAUCGGCGAGUUGCUUCAUUUCGCUAACAGAGAGCUUCUGUUUGCGCGUGAGCGACUCCGGGCCACCCGUAUCGCCGACCCGCAGGAUCUGUGGACAUUCCUCAAGGCCGUGGCAGCGAGAUUGGUGCCACCGGAGGAACCAGAUCUUUACACCCGGGUGGGUGUCACACAACCCGGAAGGGGCGUGUUCAAGGGGGUCUACGCCCCCGGCAGUCUCGUCAAAAUGUGGAACGAAGAGGCAGCCCUUGCGGGCGACCGAGUGCACGAAUAUCAGAGAGACGGGUGGCGCAAUGCGAUUUUCGACAUUGGCACUACGACGGUUUGA